AUGGCGCAGAAAGAUAAGAAGAAGCCCGAGAAAAAGAUUCCGGACUCCCGGCAGCUGAGCCAGGUGAGCACCUCGGAGCUGGAGUCCAUCGUCUUCGGAGGCGCUGAUGACGAAGAUGAGCAUGUCGAGGAUGUAGCGAAGACCCAGGACGAGCCUGCGGACGCGUGGGCAGAUCCCGACGACGCGGCACUGGAAGUGCCCUUGGUGAGGGGAAGACACAAGAAGCGGCUGCGAGGGGAGGCGGAAACGCAGGUCAAUGGCAAUGAGUACGAGAGGAUUCUCCGGCAGAGAUUCAAGGAGGUCAAUGGAGUCGCGCGGUGGACAGAUACUCAGCCAGCGGCGGAGGAGGCUUCUGACUCGGAGGAGGAGGAGGAUGCGGUAGCGACGAGUACUUUGCCAGUGGCAGCUGGAGGUGCUCUCAAGCCGACAGAGAUAGAGAUCAAGCGCGCGAAGGAGCUUCCGAUGCUUGUGGCUGGUCAGAAGAAGGGCCCCUCGGCGAUCGAGGCGCUCCAGUUCCACCCCAGCUCCGAGCUGCUGCUCACCGGCGGCCGGGACAAGACGCUGCGCUUGUUCGCCGUGGAUGGCGAGGAGAACGAGAAGGUGGCAUCGUACUUCUUCAGGUCCUUUCCGAUUCUGUGUGCCAGCUUCACCCCGACGGGCGACCAGGUGCUCCUGACGAGCAGCAACAGUCAGAUGUGGGGCUUGGACGUGAGCAGCGGCGAGGCUUUCGAAGUGCGCAACAUUUCUUCGGGGGGACAAGAAGCUCAUCGAUGCUUGGCCAUGGGUCCCUCUCCAUCCCGAGUGAGCGGCUUGAAGUCCUCGCAACUGUACGGGGUGUUGGGCGAUGCCGGGGCCGUCAAGAUUUGCGACCUGAAGACCAAGCAUCCCAUCCGGACUUUUCGGAUGAGUUCAGAUGGAGCUGCGCUGGUCUUUGCACCUCGACAGGAUCUGAUCUACUCCGCAGAUGCUGAGUGCAACAUCUACGAGUGGGAUCUCAGCACUGGGCGAUGCCGGCAAAAGGUGAAGGAGCCCUGGGCCACGCGGAUUCUGAAUCUGGCCGUCGCGCCGGGCCAGAUGGCCGUGGGCACCUCGACCGGCAAUGUGGACAUCCUGGACUUGAGCGGCCCAAAGUUGCUCGGAAAGCCGAUGCACAGCAUCGACAACUUGACGACACGAGCGGAUUUGGUCAGGUACAACCACCAGGAUGAGAUUUUGGCUGUAGGCUCGCGCGUGAAGGCGGAUGCGCUGAAGCUGAUCCACGUUGCCACCGGCACGGUGUUUCAGAACUGGCCCACCGCGCGGACGCCGCUGAAAAACGUUUCGGCGGUGGACUUUUCGCGGCAGGGCAUGAUGGCCAUUGGCAACCAGCAUGGCCGGGCAAGGUCGAACGUCGACCUUCACAUGCUUCAUGGCAUCUACGAUGAACAGGCUCGCCUGACACCCUCGGCACCAGCGGUUGUGGCGUACAGGCCCGGAGGGCGAUCAGAGCUCACUUAUGCCGGGCUGCAGGAGCGCUCCACGCUUUUGGCUGAGAGCCUGAGCCGAUGGCGUGAUCGCCUCGAUGGGGUGAUUGCAGCUGUGUGGCUUCCUCGCACUCAUGAGGACUUCCUGCCAGUGCUGCUGGCACUCAGUAGGUGCGGCGUGUGCUUCGCCUUAAUGAGCACCGAUUUGAAGGACAAGGACUUAGAGCGGCAGCGCAAUCGGCAGAUUGUCGAAGUGCUGCAGCCCAGCUUUCUGGUCCUGCCUGAUGGAGGCCUUCCGGAUCCGGAACUGGAAGGGGUAACAGAGAACUGUGCGAAGAUGACGCCGAGCUCUGCUGGCUUUGCUCAUCAAGGCCCGGGCAACGCAGCCGGUUCGGCGGGGAAACCGCUGAGCGGGGCGCUGUGCCUGCUCUUCACCGGCGGCACCUUCCGUAGCCGCUGUGUCGUGGUGACUCACCAGAUGGUGCAGCAUGAGCGGGUUCACUACUCGGAGGUCGUGGCUGUCAAGGGCCUGCGCAUGGCCUGCCACACCUCGGUCUAUUGGGGCGCCUCAGCCCUGGGCCAGCUGAGCAUCGCCCUGGCGCUCGCUGGCACGGCCAUCCUCUGCGAGGUGCAGGAGACCGAGGACUUCCGGCGGGUGAUCUCGGAGGAGAAGGUGAAUGGCAUCGGCCUGGUGCCGGACCAGCUCAAGUUGCUGGCGGAGGAUCCCCAGGUGGAGCUUCCGGACCUGAAGGCAGUCUUCGUGUGGGGCGAGAAGCUGCCGCUCACCGUGGCGCAGCGCUGGAGGAACCAUCCGGCCAGACUGCUGGAGCUGCUGGUCUCCACUGAGUAUUGGCUCUCCUUCUACUCGGCGCCUUUGGAAGGUUCUGGGCACCGGGUGGUGGGCGGGGUGGAGCUGCUGAUCGUGGACGGCCAGAACCAGGCCCUCGCCUCCGGUGUGGGGGAGCUGCUGCUGCGGGGUGACAUGGUGACCCCGGGGUAUUUCGGCUCGGAGUCCCAGGAGGAGAGCUUCGUGGAGCUCGAGGGGCGGCGCUACUUCCGCACCCGGGACUUGGUGCAGCGGAAGGAGGACGGCACCUUGGAGUUCCGGGGCCGCGCGGACAUGUCCAUGAAGCAGGGAGGUCAGUGGGUGGACCUGGGAGCCAAGCUAAGUGCACUGGAGGCCCUCAGCGGCGUGGAGGACGCGGCCUUACUGCCGGACCCGGGCGGCGGCAGCCGAAUGCACGGGUUCCUGGUGCUGAAGAGCUCUCUGCCGGCAGAGGUGGCGGCCGUGACGCUGGAAGCCAAACGCUUGCUGCCGCAGGCCACGAUCCAUCUGCUCAGCAGCUUGCCCAGGCACCCGGUCACCCGCAAGGUGGACGUGGGGAAGCUGACGAAAUUGGCGCAGCCCGCGGAGGAGAGCUGGCCCUACGGCUCGUCCGUUCCGGCGCCCUUUACGGAGCAGAGGGCGACUCAGAAAGUUUGGGACUCCUGGCGCUGGACAAGUGCCGCGCUCUUGGCGGCACGUGCCUACGGCUGGAGGGACCAGGGGGUGAAGGCCUAUUUGGGGCUGCUGCUCCUGCCGUACAUGCACCUGGCCUACCUCCACAUCGCGGAAUCGGUGUCACAGCCGUGGCGGCUUUGGAGCGCCCUGCUGCACGGCAUGCCCAUGGGCGCCUGGGGUGCCAUGCUGCUGGCGCUCCUCAGCCGCCCCAUGACCUCGCUGGACCUGGCCAGCGCCUGGGCGGCCGCGGGGGCGGCGCUGGCGGUCAGAAGGGGUCGGCUGCUGUCCUUCCCGCUGAUCUUCUGGUGGGGCGCAGGGCACCGCCUGCAGUACGAGCUGGAGAGAUGGUGCACCUGGAGGUACUGGUGCUGGUAUCUCACCUCCUGGCCGGAGUUAUUCGCAUCGAGCGACAAAGAGCAGCCCCGGAGGGAAGCCAAGAAGGUGGAACCGCAGAAGGAGGAGGUGGCAGAGCAUCAAUGCAGGUGGUGUUCUCGCCCGAUGGCGCAGGAAUGGCCACCCCCCUUGCUUGUCUCCCGCAGCGUUCCGCUGCAGGACCCUGAGGCCGUUUUCGGGUGCAACGACGGGGAGGGGCGUCCGCUCUGCUGGGCCUGCUGGGUGUUGGAGUCCGAGUCCGCGGCGCGCCACGCGAGGGGCCUGGCAGAUCGAGUUUUGGCCGAGCAAAGAGAGGUGGUCGUUGAGGCGGACGACGAGAAGAAACAGGAGGCAUCUUGGGCCACCGACGGGACGGUGUGGCAGGAGGACUGGAAGCGGCGCUACGACAAGUGGUGGUGGGCCAACAAGACCGUGGACCUCGUGGAGCUGCCGCCCCCCGAGCCCACCGCCAGAGCCGCCGACCUUGGGGGAUCCGAGGGCCGGGAUCCCCGGCUGCGGAAGCUGCGGAAGUGCCUGGAAGACGUGCUGCGAAUGGAGGUGUCGGAUGACAUGUCCUUCCGGGGGCUGGACAGCCUGUCGCUGGGGUUGUUGGCCGGAAGGCUCCGAACAGAGUUCGGAGCCACACUGAGUAUCACCCAGCUGCGCAAUGGAUCGCCCAAGGAGCUGCUGGAGUUGCUGCAGGCGGGCGUUCUGGAGUCGAGCCAAAAUGGGACAACUGACAUCACUGGCUCGGAGUAUGCAAUCUGGUUCUCCCCUGGCCAGUUCUUCCCCAUGGGCGGCUGGGUGUUGCGUCAUGACGAUGAUGUGUCGCUGGACAGGUUCCGGCAGGCGGCAAGCCAAGUGGUGCGGAGGCACCGGUCUCUGUGCGCGGUGCCGGCGGAUCCCUUGCGACUUCUCUCCUUCGUCUUGGACUCCGCGGUGAUGUUCACGCUCUCCGCGCGGCUCCUGGACCGCCACGGGCUGAGGUUCUUGCGCCGGGUCCUGUCCUGGGCCUUCAAGAGCUGCUGGCCCCGCGUGAAGGUGAAGGAUCCGGAGGUCUACAAGGAGCUUCCAGUCGAAAUCAUCGUGGAAGACCAGCCUUCUGCCGAGUGGCACUGCAAGGACCGCCGGAAACUGCUGGCUGAGAGCGGCAACGGAGUUGACAUAGCGCUCAUCCAGAUCCGCACCCAGCUGGAGGGGCUCUGGGUCUAUGGACUCACUGGUGGCAUGGGCGACUUCGUGAUCUAUCGCGACGAGGAGCGCGAGAAUCGCUUUGUGUUAGUGGACCGGGCUCGUCAUGAGGUGGCGGUCUUGCACGGACCUGCAGAUGACGAGUGGAUCCCUCCACCCUAUGGCUUUCCAGCUUUGCUCUCGGCCCGUGUCAGGCCCACGGGAGUCUUGUGGCUUCGCAUCAAGUCCUCCCGGCACCUCACUGUGCUCUGGAAGUCCAGCCGAAGCGCGACUCAGUACCGUCGCUUCGAUGCUUUCCGCAUGCCCGGAAGCCAUGUGAACAGCGUAUUCAGCUAUUUGGUGGUGCAUGCCAUGCACACGAUCGCUGAUGGGGGCAGCUUUGAAGCCGUAGUGGGCGACCUCUUGGCGCUCUAUACCGCCUUCGAGGAUCCGCGGAUGGCGCCCCCGCCGGUGGCCCACAACUCGCUGGCGCUGCUGCAGCGCCGCCUCUUCGACGCCCUGGACGCGGCGGAUCCCAAGGCGGCGCCGCAGCUCACGUCGCUCCGGGGGUCCCAGUGGCGGUGCCAGAAGCGCGGCUAUGGCCACCUCCUGGGCUUCCGGCAGUCGGUGCUCGGCGCGCUGCGCUGCGCGGCGCUGCGGCACCUGGUGCCCUUCGACGCGGCGCUGCUGGCGCUCACGGCCAUCAUGGUGGCCAGAGGCACGGAUGUGGAGGAGGUGGAAUUCACCCUGUACGUACCGCUGAGGGACGGGCCCGGGGAGGCCAAUCUCUGCGGGCUCUUUGCGGAUUGGCGGGAAAUCCAGAUCCGCAUCGAUCGGGAGAGCUCGACGGUGCUGGGGGUGGUGCACCAAGUGGCGGACAAGAUCAGGCUCAGGCAGUGGGCGGUGUACAACCCGCUGAAGAAGCCGGAGACCUUCGUGGUGAACUUCCAGCUCAUGACGGAGCAUUCCCGCAACGGCUUCGUGCAGAUUGGCGAGGAGCUCUGGCGCAUUGGGGAGUGCAUGCGCGAGGAGCAACGAGACGAUAAGCUGCCCUGGGCUCCGCAGCCGCUCUCCUUCGUCAUCGAGCAGGGCGACAAAGAGACGUGGUGGCUGCUCAUCAACUGCGCCUACGAUGACUAUCCUCCUCCGGUGCUGAGGCGAAUGCUCAAGGCGUUCCAGGAUGCCGCUGAGGCCUUUGUGCUGAAGCCCACCGCCAAGGCUCAUCUGCCUUAUCCCAAUACCUUCUACUGAUGGACAUGGUUCCGAAUUGAUGCGGUUGGCCCAGAUCGUUUUCCCCCGCAUCCGGUGCUCCCCUGGCGAAACGUUCAACCUCCCGGCACGCUGAGUGAUCCCGGGGGGUGUUGGGUUGCGCGAUGGCUUCCUGGUCCAGGCAGCCCAAAGAGGCGCGUCGCUCGGGGA